GAGAGCAAGGCAGUUGGUGGAGCUCUAGGGUAUCUUUCCGCCAUUGUCAUUUGCUAGCUAGCGAUUCCAAGGCAGUAGAGCAGUCGCAGUUCCGUGUGUGUUUGUCUCCGUAAUUAGCUAGUUGAACAAUAGCCAUAAUUAAUAUAUACACACAGUAUAUAUUAGUCUUGGAUAAUUCUCUCUUCCUGUGUGUUUUUGGCUACAUGUCCGGACAGUGAAUGAGAAGGGGGGUCCCUGAAGUAGGUCGUUGUGUAGGUUCAGCCGAAGAGGACCCCUGCUUCCCGGCCGGAGUGGAAGAUGUGCCAUGGGAUGGUGGCGCCUGAGACCCGAGCCUUCGCCCUCUCUCCCUGCGCCGCGCUGCUCCUCCUGACCGUCCUCUCCACGGCGCACGCGUCAGUCUGCCGGCCGCCCUACGAGCCGGAGAACGGGGGCUACACCUGCCACCCGUCGCCCUGCCACCGGCUGACCCACGGCACCGUCAUCGAGUACUUCUGCGACGAGGGCUACGCGCUCAAGGGGGACUACAAGUACCUCACCUGCGAGGACGGGGAAUGGGACUCGCCCAUGCAGAUCAGCUGCCACCUGAGCCAAGGUAAGGAGCCGCACUCUCCGCUGGGCGUGCCGGCGCUCUCCAUCGUGGCCUCCACCGCCAGCUCCGUGGCGCUCAUCCUCCUGCUGAUCGUGCUCUUCGUCCUGCUGCAGCCCAAACUCAAGUCCUUCCACCACAGCCGACGGGAGCAGGGCGUGCCGGGGCAGCCGGUGUCCAUCGUGGUGGAGGGGGUGCAGGUGUCGCUGCCGUCCUAUGAGGAGGCGGUGUACGGCAGCGGGGGCGGAGCCGUGGCCCCCUCAGAGUCCCGGGUGCAGAUCGUGCUGUCGGAGGGCCCGCAGGCCGAGGGAGGAGAGGCCCCGGGGCAGGCGGGGGCGGAGCGGCGCGUCCCCGGCCCCGCCCCCGGCCCCGCCCCCUCCACCUCCACUCACCUCUCAGAGACGGUGCUGGUUCACCAGGUGCCCUCCUCCUCCUCGUCCUCCUCCUCCUCGCCCUCCUGGGCGAGCGAGCAGCCGUGCGCCGCCGGGCCCCGCCCCCAGAGACGGGAUUCGGAGAGCAGCGACCAGCACAGCCUGCUCUCUCUCACCUCCGCCGAAGAGUUUGCCGAUGAUAUUCCGUUGUUGAAGGAGGCCUGAAUCCCUCUGCAGCCCUGCUGCUCUGACCUCCCUGCUGCUGCUGGCCAGGACUGUCAUGCUCCCCAAGCCUCCAUCUCUACCACCCAUACCCCUGCCCACUGCUACUCUGUGCUCUCACACCCACAUACACACACACAUCAGAAUGGCCCCAGGUGUCCUCUAGCCAGAAAACUCGCCCACAGGGAGAGCUCUCACACAACACAAGGCCUCAAGAAGUCACCGACCCGCCCUGUGUUGAUAUUUACCAUACAGAUAUAUACGGACUGUGGCCUACACAUCAUUAAGCAUACUGGCAUCCAUAGUAUACAGACAUAUACAUUACCGACCCUUUAUCAGGCAGCUGGCAUAAGAGAGGAGGACAAACGCAUACAGUGUCUGGCAAGCAAAAACAAACAAACAAAAAAAAACAAAACAAAAAAGAGCUAAAGGAUGAAUGCAUGUAUAGGUUUUUGUACGGUCGUUUUGUUUUUUUUUCCCCUUUUUUGCGCUUGAGAGCUAGCGAACCGAGAGGAUGUUAAACGAGGGGUACCCCCUGGUCGGUUCCUCGUCCUACGCCCCCCCCCCAACCCCCCCGCUGCAUGCUGUCCGCAUUCUCACCAGAGCGAGUUUCCCCGGGUCGCUCGCGGCAACACACUGUGAAUGACGCAUGAAGGCUACCGCCCGCCGGCAGACGCGCAAGGUCACGGGCGCGGGUUUUUUUUUUUCCGUGCGCACAACUCGAUUGACACACACACACACACACACACACAAAAAAACGGCACGUUUGCCUGCUUUUCCUUUGUCACGGUAACGGCUGUGCCACGCCUCCGAUCAGAAUUGUCGAUCAGAAUAUAUAUUUUUUUUGUUUUUCCUCUGGUUUUUUUUUUUUUUUUGUACUGUCCGCUCGCCUAAAACUCUCCUUGCCUGUCUGUUGGCAGUGGUGCCACGACGUGCCUGUUACUGUUAUUGACGAGGGCUUGGCUACGUCACAUUGACCUUGGCUGUUUUCUUUUUUUUUUUUUUUUCGGUUUUAAUUUAUUUUUGGGCAGGACAUGCCGGAGAACACAACCCAUCAUGCUGUCAUGAUUUAUAAGAAAAGAGGCUUCAUGCUGAUUUAUAAGAAAAGGGGGCUUAAAACGCCGCUGGUGCAGAGAGAGAUUGUUCUCCCGUCGACCGAGCUAGCUUCGUUUUCGUCCAUGCGUGAAGAACAGACCGCUGGUCGUUCGAGACGGAGGAGAAGGACGAUGACUUGGGGGGUGUGGAGGGGGGGGGGGGAGGUGUGUAGGGGUGCAGAAGACCCCCUCCCAGGGACCGUCCCCUAGGGGGAAGGUCUUGGUGCUAAAGUCUGACCAAACGUACACACGUCAGUCUGCGCCUCAGCGUAGAACAAAGCCGCGAGAUGAACCGCGAGAUCGGUCUUCACGCAGACGAGAAAAGCACCGCGCUCUGGAAACGGCAUUUACGACGCCGAGCGCUGCACUCCCAUUGGCUACGAGGAGUGGCGCUCGCAGGCGACGUGUCGGCGCCCGCGCGGACAGAUUCCCGAUUCCGACCGUCGGCCCGGCCCCCUCCGGUCUGCGGCUCUGAAGGGCGAUCGCGUUCGGACCCGGUUCAGGCGCGCCGCCCGUUCGCUCGGGUUUUCCCUCCCGAUCCCGCCCGGCACGCCAGCGAAGCCUCCGAUUGGCUGCCUGGCGCUCUUCGGCCGCUCGGGCUCGUCCGUCUCCGGGCCGCGCGCGGCCCCGUUCAAGGCGGGAGGACGGCGUCGCCUUAACGCCCGCACGCAUCUGUCCACCCCGGGCCUACGCGUCGCCGUUUCCACAUCGCGCCAUCUCAUGUCACUUCCGCGAGACUCCUCUCCCCACAGCCUUAUACCCAUCGUCCAUUUGCGCCGCCUUCAACGGAAUUACGGCCUUUGUUUCUCACUUUUAACGUUUCUGACGACAGAAACGAAGUCUGUAAUGUUACUCCGCCAAAAAAAAAAAAUUAUUUUUAUUUACUGCAGCUUAAUAAGAAACGUAUAAAGAAGCCUGAGCACCUAAAGAUACCAUUUUUAUUUCGAUAAUUUAUUUGUUUUUAAUUAAAAAAAAAAAAAAACCUUUUGUUUAAGGCUUAGGGAAAAGAACGCAUACAAAAUAAGUUCGCAUGUAGAAAGCUGUUGUAUGGCAGUGCUCAAAACCGAAAAGUCCCCACUUCCUGUUGUUUCCAGAGCUGAUCCCCCUUGCACCAUUGAUGGAGCUAUGCGCACUUGGUACUCCUGAAAUUUCAUACUGGAAUGGGCUUAAAAUGGGUUUAAAAUGGGCUUUUGACAAAAUUGGAAGGAAGCAAAAAAAUGGUAAAAUUGUCUUUAUGUUGUAUAGGAUGUUUCUUUUCCUUUCAUUGCUUUAAUUUGUUUGGGUUUUCCUUUGGACUUGUACAUUGCAAUGGGUGUGACAAUAGUAUUUUAAUAUUUGUAUAAAGUUUAAUUUAAUUAUACAGUGUAUAUAACUAUUUCUAAUUAAAGCUUUCUUUUGAGGUGUGCAAA